AGAAAACAGAUGAACUAUGCCUUGCCAACGACGGCCUACUGGAGAAGGUCCGCAAACUAGAAGAUGAGCAAACACGACUAACCAUUAAAUUGGUGGAUUUGGAGGACAGGUCACGCCGAAACAACAUCCGGGGGCGUGGGGUCCCUGAAUCUGUCUCGGGAGUAGACCUCCCAGGGUACCUGCAACAGCUCUUUAAAGCCAUUCCACUGACCCUGGAGCUGGCUUAUCUCUGCUUGGACUGGGCGCACAGAGUACCCAAACCUCCUAACCUGGCACAAGAAAUACCCAGAGACAUUGUAACAAAGCUUCACUACUUCAGCGUCAAGGAGGCCAUACUGACAGCACAGCGACAAGCCUCGCCAAUGCCACCAGAUUACACUGGGGUCUCUCUGUAUGCCAAUUAG